CAAACAGUGUUUUACCAUGUGAUAUAGUACAAUUCAAUGCUCUCUAAAGUACUGCAUUGCACAGGUUACCUGUUGAAGCCUUUCUCAAGUCUCUCUGCAAUCACCCUGGGAUAGACUGCUAUAACUUGUUGACGGCAUUAACUGGUAAAAAUUGCUGUCUUAAUUCUUCAACUGUUGAUCUAUUCUUGAUGAAUGAGCCUCAGUCAACAUCAACAAAGAACAUGGUGCACUUGGCUCAGACUGUGAGACAUGGGGUGUUGGCAAAAUUUAAUUAUGUGAGACCAGACUAUAACAUCAUGCAUUAUGGAGAAAUAUUCCCUCCAAUCUACAACCUUUCCAAUAUCCCUCAUGACCUCCCUCUCUUCAUUAGCUAUGGUGGCAGAGAUGCACUUUCAGAUGUUCGUGAUGUUGAGAAUUUGCUUGAUAUACUCAAGAACCAUGAUGAGGAUAAGCGUAGUGUUCAGUUCAUCCAGGAAUAUGCUCAUGCUGACUACAUUAUGGGGUUCAAUGCCAAGGACUUGGUGUAUAAUGAUGUUGUUUCGUUUUUCAAUCGUCAAGUUAACGCUUGAUGGGAAGUGAACUAAACUACAUCUUACAAAGAAUCAAGUUGUAACAAACGAGUGCCUUCAUGUCACUGAGAUCAAUCUUAGUUAUCUAGUGAUGAUUAACUAUGAUUAACUAAUACUAAUGGCCAAUUACAAAAGUAAUGAAGUUUUACUCGUGA